UAGCCUCGCGGCAGGUCGGGAGUUCAGUCUCGACGCGGCAGCGACUACCCUCGUGUCGCGCUACACGCGUGCGACCACACGUGCGACAUGAUCAUGGGUGAGAAACGUGCCGUGCUGUGCCCGCGCCGACGACAGGUGCCCCUUCUGGUAGUGACCACUCUCCUGGUAGGCGUACGUACGGAGCUUGUCGAUCCAAAAUUCAAAGAGCCAAUAGCCAAUGUAACCGCGCCAGUGGGAAGAGAAGCCAUUCUCUCCUGCGUAGUUCAAGAUCUUGCCGGAUACAAGGUGGCAUGGUUGCGCGUCGACACGCAAACCAUUUUGACAAUAGCGAGCCAUGUGAUCACAAAAAAUCACAGGAUCGCAGUUUCUCACAGUGAUCAUCGAACGUGGUUCCUUCACAUACGGGAAGUGCGGGAAUCCGAUCGAGGCUGGUACAUGUGUCAGAUAAACACGGAUCCCAUGAAAAGCCAGAUUGGUUAUCUCGAAGUGGUCGGUGAGUAACACUGCAUUUCUUUCUCUAUUAACGGAACAGCUUCAAUUAUUCUGAUAAUUUUUAUCUCGUUUUUGUCUCGUAAAGAAGAAUUAAGAGAUAUCAACAGCCAUUUUAUUGGACUACGCAAAGGUCAUCUCCACCA